AUGGUUGUACAUCUUUAUCAAUGGGGUAUUAUUUAUGAUUCUCAGACACAAAAACGAAUUAAAUGUAAUGUACCAAUGAAAAUGACAACAAAUUCACGAUCGGAAAGCAAUUUAAUACAAGUUUCAUGUGGCACAAAUUACUCACUUGUUCUAGAUUCAAAUCAUCGUGUAUUUAUUUUAGGUGAUGAACCAAAAAAUGGUCGACUUGGACAAGGUGAUGAUAAAACAAUAGUACCAACAUUAACUUUAGUUAAAGGUCGAUUACCUUCAAUUGGUUUUAUUUCAUGUGGACCAUCGACAAGUAUUUUAUUAAGUACUGAUGGAAGAGAACUAUGGGGUUUUGGAAAAGGUAUAGGUUAUUCAGUACAACAAAUUUUACAAUCUAAUGAAUCUAUUACUCAUUGUGCAUGUAAUGAAAAUUCCAUAAUUGUUGUUCUUAAUGGUCGUGAAAUCAUGGAACGACGUUUUAAUCGAGAUGGUUUUACUACCGAAUGGACUUCUAUUUAUCAACUAAAUGAUAGUAAUGAUACAAUUCAAAAUAUAGAUAUAGGUUCAUCUUUAAAUGGAUUCGUUACUGAACAAGGUCAUGUUUAUUUAUGGGGAUCAACUGUACCUAUUGGUAAAGUUUCAAAAGAGGAAAAUUUUCGUAAUGUAUCUAUUAAUGAACCAUUACAACGAGAUUUACCAAAUAAUAGUAAUGAUCGACCUGUACAAAUUUCAUGUAGUCGUGGACAUUUUCAUGCUCAUGCUUUGCUACUUACUGAACAAGGUUGUAUAUAUUCUAUGGGUUCAAAUUAUAAAGCAAAAUUAGGUAUUGAUGCUGAUCAAUCAUUUACUGGUGAAUGGACAUUAAUUGAAUUAACACGAACAUGUCCAUUUAAAAUAAUCGCUACUGGCGGAAUUCAUUCAAGUGCAUUAUCGGUAGAUGGACGUGUUUUUACUUGGGGUUGUGGAUCAGAUGGACGUUUAGGUCAUUCGGAAGCUCAAGGUCAUCGAUAUUUAUAUAAAGAACAUGAACCUAGACCGAUUGAUGCUUUGGCUACACAACAAGUGAUAUCAGUUGCGACUUCAUAUUAUCAUAUGGCAGCUAUUGUUUCUCAAUGA